GUCAAGGCGUGCUCUCCAUCUGUGUCCAGUGUGCGGAUUAGAGGCUCGUUAUCCUCUUAGCUCUAAAUGGCCCCACGUUCCUGCUCCUCGUUGACCAUCUCGACCGGGGUCUAAGACGCAGACGCGAGGGCGAGAUUCACGCGUUAAAAAAAAAAAAAGAAGAAAAAAGAUCGUGCCCAGUGUCGAUUUGUUUAAGUCGUUGCGCAUUACGCGCGAAUCCCUCUCCAUCGUCUUUGCGCGCGCCUGCUGGGACGCGGGAGCUGUCAGUCGCUCCGUUAUUGUGUCCGUGUGUCCAAUCCACUGAUCUUUUGCAGACUGUAAUCUUAUCAGUGUCAUCCCGUAGCUGCCUUGCCGUUUUUGACUGUCUUCGGAUGGCAUUUGGGCCACAAGCUGGAUGAGGAAUAUUUUCUUAUCAGAGAAAACUUUUAUCAACAAAGGGGUUAGCUCCGUUUACAGGCACCGGAACGUCUGAGUGUGUGAUAAAAUGUCCAUUUGACCGUUUUAAACUAGACCAGAAGAAGACAUGGAAUCUACAUGUAAAGAGAGGAGUCUUUUAUACUUACUUCUCUUUGCAAUAUGCACAGCCAGCGUUUGCUUUUGUGCAAGAAGAUCAAAUGCUCGGAGAUCUGAUCGCCUGAGUCCUCCGCUAGACAUCCAGCUGGAGACAGUCAACUGCACCGCCUUCAGUGUGCGAUGGAAGAUGCCCCGGCGACACGUCAGCACCAUCACCGGAUACAAGGUCUUCUACACAGAGAUGAGGAAUGGCCGUCCGAUGGGUCCAGAGUCUUUGAUGGAGGUGCCUCUCAGCUUGGACAUGUUGACCACUGGGCAAUUUGAUGGACAAGCAAGCUUUGACGUGGACAUCAGUAACCUUAAAGUAAACACCAAGUACCGAGUCACCGUUGGAGCGUAUGGUUGGGCGGGGGAGGGCAGACCCAGCAUGCCCAGAGACAUCGGCACCGCCUCACAUGACAUGUGCAUGCCCCCAUCGCCCCCCACUCAGCCUGUUGUCAUGGCUGUGUCUGACACAGAGCUGGCGUUGUCAUGGCAGCAAGGAGAGAACGAGGGAAGUGCACCUGUCCUUCACUACCUGGUGGCUUAUAUCAGGCCAGAAAUGGACACAGAGUGGACGUACAUCCGUGAGCCCAUUGAGACUAGCUCCAUGGUUUUGAAGGGGUUAUCGCCGGAAACCGAGUACCAGUUUGUUGUGAGGGCGGCCAACGUGCACGGAGUGAGCCCCCCCAGCCACGUCAACAGCCCCGUGCGCACUCUCGGCGCAUGGGACGUUGGCAGUGGGGACUACGGCCGUUACGUCACAGAUUCAAGGAUCAAAGACGAAGAUGGCUUCGACCUUGAUGAUUCUGAUUACGAUAUCUUCAUCGAAGAGUUGAAGCCAUUCCCAGGUAUCAAUCAAUCAAAGGACAAAAGGAAGUCCCAGCUCCGGUCCCGCCCUGAUCCUCCGUCGGGUCGUAACGUUGUUUACCGGAUGAACACCAUGGCCCCCACCAACGUCACUGCCGCUCCAGCUUCCUCCACGACCUCGUCCAUCUUACCAGAUUUCCCAGAUCUGAUUUUCUCAACCACCUCAAAGCCCGGUGUCACUAAUGACGGCACAACCGCUGCCCCACUGACCACUAACGGUGUCACGAUGUCCCCCCCCCCCACCACCACCACGUCCCCCUGGAAAGGCGAGGUUCCUCGCGUGUAUGCCCGGACCUGCGACGACACCGUAUGCCCCCCCGACAGCUUCUGUCUCAGCGACCACGGCGGCGGGGGCUCGCGCUGCCACUGUAACCUCGGACGAAGAGGGGACGCCUGCUCCGAGGUGGUGCCGGUGAACUUUCCGAGGUUCUUUGGGUACUCUCACAUGACCUUUGAACCCUUGAAAAACUCUUUCCAGACAUUCCAGAUCUCUUUCGAGUUCAAGGCAGAGUCUGACGAGGGUUUGUUGCUCUACUGCGGAGAGAAUGAACAUGGACGUGGAGACUUUACCUCUUUGGCUCUGGUGCGAGGCAAGCUUCACUACAGGUUUGACUGUGGCACAGGAGCAGCUCAGAUAGCCAGCGAGAGCCGCGUCGUGGUCGGUCAGUGGCACGCGGUCACCGUCUUCAGGGACGGCAUGAGCGGCUGGCUGCGCGUGGACAACGACGCGCCCGUUUCAGGCCGCUCGCAGGGCCAGUACACCAAGAUCACUUUUCGCUCGCCGCUGUAUGUGGGUGGAUCCCCGAGUGCUCAUUGGCUGGUCAAGGCGACGGGGACAAGUCGUGGCUUCCUUGGCUGCAUUCAGAGUCUGACCAUCAACAACAAGGCGACUGACAUCCGCCCUUGGCCUCUGGGCAGAGCUCUGAGUGGAGCUGAUAUAGGUGAGUGCAGCGACAGCAUGUGUGACCUGGUCAGCUGCGCCAACGGAGGAGUCUGCUUUGCAAACCGGGCCGAUGGCUUCCUCUGCCUGUGCCCGCUCGGCUUCAGGGGAGCACUGUGUGAGGAGACUUUCUCCCUGUCCUCGCCUCUCUUCAACGAGACUGUGUUUUCGUACGCUGUCAUCCCUUGGCCUCAGUCCUCUCAGAGUUAUCUGUCCUUCAUGGAGUUCGAGCUGACGUUUCAGCCACUGAAGCCCGACGGGACACUGCUGUACACUGAGGACGCGGGCAGCGGAGACUUUCUGGCUAUCAACCUCGUGGAUGGAUAUGUAGAGUUCAGAUUCGACUGCGGAUCUGGAGGAGCUACAAUAAGGAGUGACGAGAAGAUCAGUCUGGAAACAUGGCACGAGCUGAGGGUGUCUCGCACAGCAAAGAGUGGCAUCCUUCAGGUGGAUAGUCAGAGAACAAUGGAAGGAAUCGCUGAGGGAGCUUUCACUCAGAUCAACUGCAGCUCACCUCUUUAUAUUGGUGGAGUACCAGAAUAUGAUAAAACCAAGAGGACAGCGACCGUGAUAAAGCCCUUCACAGGAAUUAUCCAGAAGCUGAUUCUAAACGACCGAACUGUGCCGAUAACAACUGGCUCUGCGGGUGGAUUUAAUUUAGCAAAUUCAGCUCAUCCAUGUGUAGAAAGUCCCUGUGCCAACGGAGGGACUUGCAGGCCAAAGUGGGACAGCUAUGAGUGUGACUGCCCCCUAGGGUAUGAUGGGAGGCACUGCCAGAAAGAGUGUGGGAAUUACUGUUUGAACACUGUGACUGAAGCCAUUGAGAUCCCGCAGUUCAUUGGUCGAAGUUACCUGACAUAUGACAACAGAGACAUCUUGAAAAGGGUGUCUGGCUCCAGGACCAAUCUUUUCAUGCGUUUUAAGAGCACAGCCAAGGACGGCCUGUUGCUAUGGCGAGGAGACAGUCCAAUGAGACCCAACAGCGACUUCCUGUCUAUGGGACUUCAGGAUGGCGCGCUGAUCUUCAGUUACAACCUCGGCAGCGGUACGGCUCACGUCGCUGUCAACGGGACCUUUACCGAUGGAAAGUGGCACAGAGUCAAAGCUGUGAGGGACGGACCGUCGGGGAAGCUGACAGUGGAUGACUAUGGAGCAAAGACGGGCCGGUCACCUGGAAAGAUGAGACAACUCAAUAUCAACGGCCCCUUAUACGUCGGUGGCAUGAGAGAGAUCGCUCUGCACACGAACAGGCAGUACAUGGGAGGCCUGGUGGGCUGCGUGUCCCACUUCACACUCUCCACCGAUUAUCACUUGGCGCUGGUGGAGGACGCCGCCGACGGCAAGAACAUCAACACCUGCUCCAACUAGCAGGAGGCCUCAGCGCGCGGUGCUGCGUUUUUCAGGGACAUUUUCCACCUCCACCGGCGGAUCUGUCAUCUUGAAACUGGCUAAAACACUAUAACAAAUUGGCCUUUCUGUUCAGGUGGUAUAAAGGUAACGACAACGUUUCUUUGAGUCACGAGGGGACUAAAGUGGCUCCUGUUUUCAAACCACCUUUACCCUGACAAGUUGUACGUUUUCAUUUAAACAUUCACAACUUGCUGAUGAAUUGCUCUUUUAAAACCCAGAGGAUAUUACAAAGUACUCUGUGAGCUUAAGCGUUUUGGGUUAUGAAGGUCUUUGAAGGACUAUUUCUUAUUUUUCAUGGGAUGAUUACUGUCGUAUCUUUUUUUUUUUUUUUUUACUGCAAAUCCUUAUUUGAUUGCUGGAAGAACCGAGUGAUCCGCGGGAGCAAGAGUCAUCGCAAGUUGUUCAGCAGCCGGACGUAGAGCAGCUAGCAGAAAUGUACUUCUUCGUAGAGGGUUUUUGGUUGUUUCGAUGCACUCGUACUAUUGUUUGUGGCGUAUUAUCAGUCCGUAGACUACAUUUUACUUCUUUAAAGUGCAAUGCUGUCAGUUUUUUUUUUUUUUUUUUUUUUAAGGGUGCUAAUUUUGAAGGGUAAAGAGAUGUCAGCUGCACACAAUCCAUGUUUCUGUAUACACAGCCAAAAUCCUGGAGAUAUUGUGCUUGACAGUUAAAUCACAGCCUUGUUUUCACACCUGAGAAAAUUGAUGAUCUCUUAUUUAAACAUUUGCGAUGCCAGAUUGUUCAUUUGGUUGCAACGGUUAAGCUGCUUCAAAUCGACGUCCAGCUAUUCUGCAUUUUUUCUAAUAAAUCUUGCUUAACUUAAUUGUUGUUUCCCCCAAAAGAUUGGCGACAUUGUCAAAAUAGGAUCAGGAGCAUUACACCGUGUAAGUUUUAGCUCUAAACAUAUGGCAUA